GGCUGCCUGCAAGUGGUCUAAUCUCAAUGAGGUGUCAAUCAUGUUCCCCGGUGGGUGAAGUAAGGUCUUUUGUAACCGCCUCUGUCUUUGGGAAAGAGAGGAGAGAGGAGGAAGAGCGGAGCGGAGAGGGGACGCCGGACCGGGCUGCAGGAGGGGAGCUGAAAUUCGCUCUUGCUUUAGCAGGGAGAAGUGGAGCGCAUGGAUUUUUAAGCACGCUGGGAUUUUAUACAUCUACAAAAAUAACAACAACAACAGAACCUGACCCUACUGAAAGCAGUCAAAUGAAUCGUAAUUGCAGAUCAAUGCAGAGAAAUGGGGAAACUUCACUCGAAACAUGCUGCCGUUUGUAAACCCAGAGAAAGUCCGGAAGGUGAUAGUUUUGCGGUGAACGCCUCUCUGGCUCGCAAAGGGCUGGAGGACUGGAUGGUGAAGCAGAAAUACUCCGGGGGCAGCGGCAGCAGCAGCGGAGGCAGCAGCUCGGGACUCCAAGGCUGCCAACACCGGACUGUUUGCAGGCUCUCCAGCGGCAGGGAUUUAUCUGGGGAAAGCUACAGAGACACUAUUGGUGAUGAGCACUUUCAUCUAGAAGUGGCUUUGCCUCCAGAGAAGACAGAUGGAGUUUGCAGUGGAGAUGAAAAGAGAGCAGAAAAAGAAAAUGACACACGCACAGGUUCCAAGAAGCAACUAAAAUUUGAAGAAUUGCAAUGUGAUGUGUCUGUAGAGGAAGAUAACAGGCAAGAAUGGACCUUCACACUGUAUGACUUUGAUAACAACGGAAGAGUCACACGCGAGGAUAUUACCAGCUUGCUUCAUACCAUCUAUGAGGUAGUUGAUGCGUCAGUAAACCAUUCUCCUAGUUCCAGUAAAACCCUGCGAGUGAAACUUACUGUGGCACCAGAUGGCAGCCAGAAGAAAAAAAGUAUCUUGUUAAAUCAUACUGAUUUGCAGAAUGCCAGGCAUAGAGCCGAAAGCAAAGCCAAUGAAGAAUUAAGAAGCUCUGAAAAGAAGCAGCGGGCUUCUCUCAGAUAUCACCAGAGUGAGAACAAUCCAGAGCAAAGUGGGUGCUAUCGUCAUUGUGUUGAUGAGAACAUUGAAAGGAGAAACCACUAUUUGGAUCUUGCAGGAAUAGAAAACUACACAUCAAAGUUUGGGCCAGGAUCUCCUCCAGCAGCUCAAAAACAUGACCCACCAAGCAGAGUUGUGAGUCAGACUAGAUCCCGUUCUCAUGAACCUGAAACCUUCCAUGCUCACCAUAGGAAAUCUCAAGUGGUGGAUCCGAGCCACAUCAAUCUAGCUGAGAGUUCAUAUGCCAAGAUUGCAGAAAUUCAACAGAGGCUCCGGAACCAGGAAUCAAACAAGCACUUUGUGAGGUCUCCCAAGGCCCAGGGCAAAAAUGUUGCUCCUGUGCAUCCUGGAAGGGCAGUAAGAAACAAACCUUUUCAAGGGGGGCCCAUGCCAAUGGCUUCCCCAAGUGCACGGGUGGGACAGAAUCUUCCUUACCUCCCCUUGCAGUCUCAACAGGUUCACAAGAAGCAUAAGCAGAGGGCAAAGGAGAAUCACCAGAUGUGCAAAACCUUCCAGUCUCCAGGGACAGUUGUGGAAAAGGAACAUGUGAGAGACCUGCCCACAGUCAUUUUGUAUGAAGGCCAAGUCGGACAAAUGAUACAGAGGCAUGAACACCACCACCACCACGAGCAUCACCACCACUACCAUCAUUUCUACCAGACAUAAAACAGAUCCCACCAACAUCCUCCGGGAAUCAUCCCAUAUGAAGGAAGCACAUUCUUGUGACACCAGAACUAAGGCAUUACUAUGAUUAAUAUUAUUGUUACUCCAUUAAUAUUCAGCUAGCAUUUCUUUUAGAGGUUAUACGGAACUCUUGAAACUUACCCUAUUUAUAUGUUGUGGAACUGCAUAGCUUACUUAAAACAACUUGUGGUUUUUUUUUUUUUAAGUGGCUUGUAAAACAGCAAACAGCCAUAGAUUUUGAGCUGUGAUUUAAUGCAGGUCGUCAACGCACUUCUUUACAAGUACUACUUCCAUUGUAGAAGGAAAGAUACUUCAAACACUAUUGCAGACAUCUAGCUUACCAGUCUGCUGUAUGCCGGCUGAUCGCACACAAGCCUUUUAUCAGGGGAGCAAUGUUCGAAGGUUUGGACUCCAGAGAUGCUCAGAAUAACAGAAAAUACAAACAGCUGCUACCUCUAGUAUUAUUCAGAUUUUAUUUUCUUUUUAUUGAUUGUAAUGUGCUACAGGGGAAAAUUUAAUAUACUGCAUUCAUGUAGCCUGUUUGUGUUCACAUCCUUUCAAAUUAUCUUAAUUGCAAAGAAACAUUAGCUAUACUUGUCAACAGAGCUACAUUUGUAUGACUUACACUUUAUUUUCUUUGAGACUCUUCACUGACACAAGUACAGCCUGUUAUAUACUAGGUUAUAUUUAAAUACACUUCCUUUAUUUUAGUGGUUUAUUUUUUCUUUUUUUUUUUUUUUUUCUCUUGUUUACUCUCCAUUCUGUUUGGGGUAACUAUUUGAAAAGAGGAGGAUGUGAAAUGAUGUUUUCAAAACCAUCAGUAGACUUAGUGCUUGGGCCAUAAGUAUAAUUCAUGGGGGGUUGGGAAGGAGAGGGGUUGUUUGGGGGGUUUGUUUUGUUUAAAUCCACAGUUCUUUUUUUUGAGAAAGAAUUGAGGAAAAUAUACUUUCUCACUUUAAAUGUUGGCAAAUAUAUAUAAAAUAUAAAUAUAAAUAUAUAUAUAUAAAUAUGCACACUCUCAGGUACAUUUUGUUGUGUUUUAGAAAUCUGUGGUUUGAAUAUUAACAUAAUUUUUUUUUCCCAUAAUAGUGACAUUUUGAAACACAUGCCAUGGCAUUUUCUUAGUUGCCUCUGAUUUAAAUUUCCCCAGCGCCUACCAGUUUGUGCUUCUGCCAUUUCAGAGAAAAUUCAGCAUGUGAAAAAAUAACGUUCACAGUCAUUCUGGCCUCUUCUACUUUUUUCGUAUCAAAGGGCUUCCAUUCCAUGAAGGAGAUUGAGACCAUACUUACAAGACCUUACUGGCUGCUGAGAAAUUUGAAGGUCAAAAGCAAAUUGGAAAAGUGAAAAAAGGGUCAGUACAUUCAAGUUUUACUUUCUAUGGGGCCCAGAUCUAUAAUCCAUUCAGUUGGGUUUUGUACAGAUCACUACUUUGCAGGUAGAAAGUGACUGAAAAAUGCCUACGUUGCUUUUGGAACUUUGAAGUAGAGAACUCAUCAUAAAAAUAUAACUGUUCUAUCAAACAUAUUUGCGUUUCGUUCUAAUUAUUUUAAAUGUUGUGGUAUUUUGCCUAUAGUAUAUAUUGUAAAAUGUAACUAUCCCACAUUGUUUUAAGACCUUUAUAAUUAUUAUUUUUUCUGACUAGAGUUUUCAUCAGUCCAAAAUGGAGUAUUACCUUACUGCUGACCAAUUUUAGAGGGAUGUUGCCCUUUCUAAGAACAUGGAGACAUCAACUUUUAAAGAAAAAGUUGAAAGCCUUGCUUUCUUGUGAAAUUGGAAUAGAAUCACUGCUUCUUGGUAAUUAGGUCCAUCUUUUGUCUCUCUGAAUCAGCAGUUGUUUAGGCUUAUUGUCCUCUUUAAAAAAUCUGGUUUAUUUUAUUUUUUUUAAGCUGUCAACAGUGUGUUCUGUUAAAUCUAACAAAAUGUUUUUAAAAUGUGUUUGAUCUGUGUGACAACUAUACUGUUCUGUUUAUUUUUUAAAUUCCUAAAGUCCAAAAAUAUUUAUAUGCAGAACUCUCUGUAUUGAAAAUAUGAAAAGGCCACAAAUUUGGUUAGUUACCACUGAGUUGUUCUAGUCUAAGCCUUUUUUGCUGCUUGUGUAUCAUUCUUUUUCAAUGUAUAUAUAAUUAUGGACUGCAAAAAAAAAAAAAGGCAUUUAUAUGUCUAGUAGAAGGAAUAAGCUUAUUUAUAUUAUAGUGUUAACAAAGUCUGAUGUAUUCAAGUGACUUACGUUAUACCGCAUGCAAACACACAAGUGUACAUUCCAUCUAAGAAGGGAUGCCAUGCUAUUUGUUUUGAAAACAUAAUUAAAGCUGUUCUCUUUUCAGUAGAGCAUAUGCCAGAAAGACUGGGAGGUGGGAAUUGUUUCCUAGUCCAUUUUUCUAAUGCAGAACACUGCUGAAAACAAGAAAAUGUUCUGGAAAACUAGAGUGCUUUCAGAGCUGUGGUGUUUUCUACAAAAUGGCUGCAAAGGGGCAUAAAUGCUCUCUCACCCAAAGAUAUUUUUGCUAGAAAAGAUAACAGCACUAAUAACAAAAUCCCAUCUGAUUGAAAAGUGUGCAGUACUAGCCGUGCAAGUGAGCUUUGAAAUGCAACACAACUGACCAUUGGAUAUAACCUUAAGUUGAUUUGUUUGGUUUUAUUAUAUUUGGAGAUUCAAAAGGCAAAUUCAAACUUGUUUAGAUCCUGUGAAAUACAAACAAAUUUUAAUAACGUGGCAUCCCUGUACUAAAACUUUACACCAGCCAUGUAUGAACAUACAGUAUCUAAAUACUGUGUUGCAGUUGUGUUAUGUGCAUUAAGUGUGAAUAACAUAUAGCACAGUUUCUUUUCACAGAACCCUAAGUUUCCGUAUCUUUUAAAAAUGUUUGCUUUUCAGUAUUUUGUAUAGUAAAUAUAGAUGGUUUUGACUAAAUGCUUUAUUUAUUUAACAGCAAAAACUGUGCCAAGAGAACCCCCUGUUAAUUAAAGUUUUACUAGUUCAGAAAGUAUAUUUCCUUCUUCUUCUUGUGGAUUUCAGGGGCUUAUUGCAAUUGCUGUCAGUGCUUGUAGAUCUCACUGAUGAAAGAACUUGUAUUAACGUUUUUGGGAAUAGGAUCAGGCCAUAAGUUAUGGACUGGGUAUGCUUUGGCUUUGUAAUUAAACUGUCAAGUUUAAAAGUUAAAUUUCUUGUCCCUUAUUAUUAGAGCUGCAUUGAGUAACUGAUUUUUUCAGCUUAUUAAUUCUGAAAACCUUAAAAAAAUAUAAUUUAUUUUGGGUUUCUCAAAAUUGUGGCCAAAUCUAAAUUUAAAAUAAAUUAGUUUCUGGUCAAACAAAACAUUUCAUUUCCAAGGGGAAAAAAUAUAUAAAUAUUGUCACUAUUUAAAAAUAAAAUGGAAUGGCACAAAGUCAUUUCAAAUAAAAACUCCAGCCUUUUCACCUACUUUUUCUGUUUUUACACAAAACAAUUCAACAAAAUGAAGCCAAUCCCCAAAUUUGCACUAUUUGCUGAAGAAAAUUUCAACUGAAAAAUUUUGCUCAACUCUACCAGCUACAAUUUUGAGAAAGCCGGGUUUUUGAAAAUACAGAUUGCUAAGCUCUUCUCACAGCUUCGUGUCCACCUAAUACCAAGUCAACAAAGCUAAAGAUAGCAAAGUAAAAUCUCUAUCCCAGUGAAAUCUGUAGCAAGACUUCCAGAUUAUCACUGGCUUCUGGGUGCCUAUAGUUUCAUUCCAGGAGAAUGGGUUUGAAGUCUAUGUAACGUGCAGGCAGUGAUUUCAGUGUUUAUUUUAAUGCAUCUUACUGGUGAUAGUUCUGUAGUAGCUGAUAGUAAAUGAAAGUUUGUAAGAGAUCAAGCUGGUGAAUUAAUUAAUACUCAUGUCAUUGGAGGAUCUGAAGGCACUUCCACAUGUUUUUCAAACAUCCACAUAUCAUUUAGACACCACUAGGGAUUAACACCCAGUUCUGCCCAUGGAUGGUGAAGUACAGCCUCUCCUGGCAUAUUGGCAGACCAGCCCCUUAAGGCAAAACCAACUUUAAAAGCCACAUUAUCUUUGACCUCUAGAGCUGCCUUCCUACCCUAGUCAUCAUGAGCACAGAACAGCUGGAGUAUACUGUAUAGCUGGAGAAAUAACUUAAUGGAAAAUUUAUAUAUAUAUAUGUGUGUGUGUGUGUGUUUAUACUAAAAUGUGUCCUCUGCUGGCAGUUAGUGACUGCCACAAGAUGGAUUCUGACAGAGGUGAUCUCUUAUUAGUGGGUAACUACUGUGUAUGCUCAACAGUCGACAGGUUGCCACACAAAUGUAUAGGUAUGAUGAAUGCUUACUGUUCUCCACAUGUCAUUGUGUACCUCAAUUAUUGAGUGACAAAUUUCAUUUAUAUUCCAAUUAACAGGAAAGUUAGGCCCCUUGGGGCCUAGGUUACACUUGAGAAAAUUCAUCAUGCUAGAAAAUUUGCAAAAACAUUCAACAUAAUUUUCGCCUGGAGUGUAGGCAAGAAUGUUCAUGUUUGGAAAUAUGUCAGCUAAUCAAGUCUCACCUUUAACUACCUUGAUGCAAUUCAUCAAAAUCUGAAAAUACUUUUUCAAACAUGACUUAUUCAUGCUUUCAGUGGGAACCAAGUCAUAUUCAGCAUCAUGUUGUCGGACUUUUUUUUUUUUUUUAAUAUACCAAGCAGAAACAUAUUAGAAAAUCUAUGAAAUAAAAAUGGAACUUAAUAUGUUUUCUACGCAGCUUCUGGAAGAUUUCUUCUCUAAUGUACUUAGCAGCAAAACCAGCCUCAAUUUAUCACAUAAUGACUUAUUUUCUUCAAUAUUUGACAGCUGUUCAGUUGAUUUGACUUGGAAGGGGGGUGUUUUGGGUAUUUUUUUUUUGCUUGUACACAUUUGAAAUGUGCUAAAAAUGGGCUAAAAGGAACAGAUGUAGAAAAGCAAAUAACUUUAUAUACAAAUUAUUCAGUAGGCAUUGAACUGCAUCUUAUUUGCAGUUUGGAUCACAGUUAUUAAAUAGUGAUGUUUUCAAUGAUGCUUUAAUUUACUUUUGUAUUUCUAUAUAAUUUUAGAUAAUUCAAUCCUACUGAGCUAAAAUGAUAGAAAUUCUGUGGAUGGUAUCUUCUAAUUUCUUUCUUUUAAAAUAUCAGGAUUUAAGAACUAUACAGACGGAUUACUGUGAGGUUUAGAGCUGUGAAAAAAGACUGGCAAGAGAAAGAUGGAAAGAUUUGGGAAGUGUGGGGAUAGUGAAGAACCGUCUACCAGUAGGGGGAAAAACAGCAAAGAGGUAGGAAGAUGUUAUAUGGAGAAGAAACUAUGUUCAUACUACUUUUUUUGAAUCUCUUAUGGUACAUUUAUCACUCACAAAACAGCAACAAUAGUUCAUAGAACAUUUUUCAUGGGGAAAGCUUGAAAGACUGUCUAGAAGAGGUCUAUCUCCAGCGUGCAGCAAGAAGCACCAGGAAGGGAAGUUGCAGAUAAUCACCACCGGGGCUGUGGCAGAAUAAGAAACAAUGUCCUGCGUUCCUGAGUCUCUGCCCAAGCUGAGGGAAUUUUUUUCAGAAGCUGGGGUGUUUCUACAGAUGUUUUCAAUGUUAUUCAGAAUAUGCUUUGAAUAAUAGCAUCAGUUCCUUUUCUUUUUGAUUACAAACACACAUAAGUUGGAAGCUUUGUGCAACACUUGACCAAGUGUAUCCUGUUUUCUAAAUGCUAAGCGCUAACUAUACCUUGGAAAUCUACUGACACAAAGUAUAAUUCUGAUAUCACGUGAAAUGGUAGAUUGGACCAUACUGAUUGUCUCGUUAGCUUGGUAUUUCAGGGUCUGAGAGUAGGAAGUUCUAGAAGUUUCAUAUGAAUGUUGAAGACAAUGUUAAGGGGCUUUAUAAAAUUGGCAAUGGGCAAACAUUAACCUAACAAUAUCAGACAUACUGAUAAUUAUGUGCACUGUGCUUUCUGUUAUUUUUGUUUGUUUGGUUGGUUUUGUUCUGUUGUUGUUGUUUAUUUGUUUGUUUUUUCCAACACACAAAAUGGGGUUUGUGUCUUCCUUUGAGUGCCUAGUCCAUGAUGAGCCUGUACUUUGUGGAUGAAGAUGAGGGGUUCAGAUCCUUCUGGUGCUGAGUGCUUAUUCUUGCACUUAAUCAUUCCCAUUCUGUUCUGCUCAUGAAGUGCAGCACAUUCAGGCUUUGUGAAUUUUCUAAGAAAACACCUCAUCAACUGGGCCAAAUUUGUCUCUAGAUUCACAAAUGGAAGCCAGGAGAACCCCAUGCCUGUCUUUGAAUUUGGACCUUCGAAUGCAGUUUGCUAUAUGAGUCGUCAUCUUUUCUUGUACUAAUUUCAGAUAUUUGAUAAGCUCUUUUUAUGGUUUACAAGUUUAAAAAGACAAAUAAAACUUUGUAGA